AAUCCAUCACUCUCAAACUUGUAAUAAAAAGGGAAGUUAGCUGCAGUUGAAUUUUCCCCAAUAAUUCUCCAAAUUAACUAUUAUCAUAAAUUCAUAAUCUAUCAUUUUUGCUCUCAAAUCUCAAUUUUUCACUAUUUGAAUUUUUCUCAGUGGAAACAGUUUGAAACUCCCAGAAGUUCAACACCAAACUCAAAAACAAAACAAAAAAAAGUAGAAAAAAGAAACAAAGAGUGUAAUCCAAGAAGACCCUUUUUGUUCUUCACAAUUACAGGACCUAUGGUUAGUUGAACUCCACUUCAAGCUUAGAUCUUGUUGUGUGAGAGUAGUUUGUAAUGAUGUCAAGACCAAUGCUGCUUGUUUUUCUGUUGAUUGUACUCAUAAUCACAUCUCAAUUUGAAUGGAAGCAGCAGCUGGUGAGUGAUGUCGAACCGAGUCCUAGUAUAUCUCAGAAGCAGCAGCAGAUCUCAAAGAGAGAAGAAGCUGUUAAAGAGAAGAUUAUAUUAUCACAGGAGAAGAACAUCCAAAGGCUUAACGAGCUCGUGCGGAAUCUCAGGGAACAAUUGCUUCAGUGCAGAAGUAGCAAUGAAACAAUAAGCAACAGUCUUAGCUCACUUGCUGACAUUGCUGAAUUUGAAAAACAGCAAAUUCUUGAGGAUUAGUCAGUUUCAUUACUAAAUUCUCUGUACUAUCUGUAACUAUUUUCUGCUUAUUUUGUGUUUUUGUUUGUAAGUCUGCUGCUGAAAUCUGCAAUUUAAGUGUCAUAAAUCAUAACACUAAUUCAUAUUGCAAUACUAGUGUGAAAAAAAGGAGGAGAAACUUUCAUAUUGUCUGAA